GCAGGUACAGGUGUAUACGAAGGUUCUCAGGGACAGACCCAAUCGCAGCAGCAAUCACAAACCCAAGGUGCGCCGUCUCAGACUUUGUUCCAUCCGCCACCUUCAAGAAGACAACAUUCAGCUCUCAGGGCCAAAGCUUUGGAAGGAGAGGGUCCGUUUUCAAAUCACUGCCGGAGUUUUGAUACUCAAAUAAAGGAAUUGAGUCAGCAGUUAUGUGGAGUGAAAGAACGUUUGGGAGAACUCCAUAGAGAUGUAACACUUCUAAGACGAGCUCACACACCUCCCCUUGGGGCUCGCUAUGAACACGUUACAAGAGAAUGCUCUCUUCUCGAAGAACAACUGGAAAGGCACCAGGUAGAACUCGAGCGCCUGAAGAAUGUGUUUGAUACACUGUGGGAAGAACAGCUGUGCAGAAUACACGUAGAGCAAGAAAUAUUCCAAUCACAGAUGAAUGAUAUUUUGAAUCUGAGAUCAGAAGUGAAGCAUCUGAGUGCUGUUGCUCAUCAGUUGGAGCCUUAUGUAAAAUCCUUGGCUGCUGAACGAGUGACAUCUCAGGGAGGCUCCGAAGGAGCAUCCCAGGAAGCCUCUCACCAAUUGCAAUCGCUGCUGGAACAUAUAAGUGCAUUGCAGUUGGAAUCAAGCGGCACUUUCAGAACGGAUGCAGUGCAGAAAGGAGAAUGUAAAAUGCACCCCUGUCAGAUAGUUACUUCUCCUACUGCAGAAAAUAUGAUCUACAUGAAAGUUGAUGGAAAAGAAAUUCCCGUUCGGGAAGUGACGCGUUCUCGAGCAUCUCGGGAGCAGGCUGGUGAUGGUACUAAUAUAGUUUACUCGAGCCGACAGCAGCAACAGCAACAACAGCAACAGCAACAGCAAUCGCAACAGAUGCAUCAGAUGCAGCAACAAGUGUCUUUGUCGCAUUCUAUGCAAGGAGGAGAAACGAGUAGAGAUGUGAAGAGAGGUGUUCUCAGUCAACUGAUCGAA